AUGACUACACCGGUAGAACCGAACGCGGCAUGGAUCGUCGAGAUGUUCAAGCAGCAGCAGCAAAUGUUAAAUCAGCAACAGCAGCUGUUGAACAGCGUGAUGUCGGUGAUGAAGGCAAAGGACAGCGAAUGUCCUGAAAAAGCGAUAGACGCCAUCGCCGGACAGAUCAAGGAAUUUCAUCAUACAGAGGAAACAAACUUCGAAGGCUGGUUUGUUCGAUAUGAAGGGUUAUUCCUGGAUGACGCGAAACGGUUGGAUGAUGGAACAAAGCUUCGUCUUCUUCUUCGGAAGAUAGGUGUAGCGGAGCACGAGCGCUACAUAAGCUCCAUCAUGCCAAAACAGCCGAAGGAUUUCGAUUUCACCACCACCGUGGAGAAGCUGAAAAAGCUGUUUGGAGACCGCGAAUCUACCGUGUGCAAACGGUUUAAGUGCCUGCAGAUGGUGAAAGAGUCACACGAGGAGUACCGAGCGUACGCGUGCCGUGUUAAUAAAAAGGUCGUGGAAGCUAAGUUGGCGGGGAUUGCAGAGGAGGAGAUUAAAUGUUUGUUAUACGUGUGUGGACUCAAGGGAGAUGCGGAUGCCGAUAUUCGAGUACGGUUGCUCUCUAAGAUGGAAGACAACGUAAACAUAACGCUGGACCAACUAUGUGGUGAAUCUCAACGCCUGCUAAACCUGCGCCAAGACAGCAAGCUGAUAUCUACCGCUUCGCAGGAGGUACGGGCUGUUAGGAAAAGCGUCAAAGAUUUUCGCAGCAAUCCUGUGCGUGAUAAAGAACAAAAAGCAGUAAGUUGCUGGCUGUGUGGUGAUAAACACUUCGCGAGGGAAUGCUCAUUUGCUACGCACGCAUGUAAGGACUGCAAUAAGGUAGGCCAUAAGGAGGGAUUUUGUAAGACGGCGAACCGUAAUCGUUUCCGCUAUCGGUCUCGCAACGCAAACGUUAAGGUGGUAACGGUUAACAAAAUCCAGGCCAAACGCAAAUACGUAGAUGUAAUUUUAAACGGACGUAGGUUGCAACUGCAGUUAGAUACCGGUGCCGAUAUCACUAUAAUAUCGAGGGGUACGUGGCGUCAAAUAGGCAGUCCGAAAUUAGACAGUGCAACAGUGUCAGCCAAGACGGCCAAUGGUGAGACACUCAAGCUGCUGGGAGAAUGGAAAGGUAUUAUGGAAGUCAAUGGACGGCGUAAGCAGGUGUUAGUGCGUGUUGUGGAAGAGGACCUGUUGUUAUUUGGAACAGACAGUAUGGAUGUUUUCGGAUUGUGGAAACAGCCACUUGAUGCCUUCUGCAACAUCAUAAGUUCCACUAAAGAUGCUGGUGCGGCCGUUUUAGAACAAUUUCCUGCGUUAUUCUCCAGCGAGCUUGGUCGGUGUGACAAGGUAAAAGUAAGCUUGCAGCUGAAAGACAAUGUUAACCCUGUUUUCCGCCCGAAACGCCCUGUGGCGUAUGCGAUGCAGACAAUGGUCGAAGAUGAGUUGGGAAGGUUGGAGCGUCUCGGUAUUAUUACACCAACCGAUUCCUCAGAAUGGGCUGCACCCAUUGUAGUGGUGAGGAAAGCAAACGGAACCGUUCGAAUUUGUGGCGACUACUCGACCGGUCUUAAUGACGCACUUCAGCCACACCAGUACCCGUUGCCGAUUCCUCAAGACAUCUUCACAGCCAUUGGGAAGUCGGUAGUGUUUAGCCAAAUCGAUUUGGCUGAGGCCUUCCUGCAAGUGGAAGUAUGCGAGAAAAGUCGUGAGUUGUUAACUAUUAACACUCACAAGGGGCUUUACCGUUUCAACAGACUACCGCCGGGGGUAAAAACAGCACCUGGUGCAUUCCAGCAGAUCGUGGACUCUAUGUUGAGUGGGCUGGAAGGUGUUGCGGGUUAUAUGGAUGACAUCAUCGUAGGUGGUGCAGAUGUGAAAAGCCAUCUGAAGAAUCUGCAAGCUGUUUUGUCAAGGAUCGAGGAGUUUGGGUUUAAGCUACGUGUGGAAAAAUGUUCCUUUUUGAAACCCCAAAUACGAUACCUGGGACAUCUGCUGGAUGGGCAAGGCCUACGACCGGACCCGUCGAAAAUAGAAGCCAUUUUGAAAAUGCCAGCGCCAUCGCAGCUGAGUGAGGUUCGAUCGUAUCUUGGUGCGAUAAAUUAUUAUGGGAAAUUCGUACCACAGAUGCGAGAUCUGCGGUAUCCUCUAGACCUUUUGUUGCAAAAGGGAGGCGAAUUCAAGUGGACAGCCGAAUGCCAGAAAUCUUUUGAGAGAUUUAAGGAGAUUUUGAGUUCCGACCUACUUCUGACCCACUAUGAUCCGUCGAAGGAUAUAAUCGUGUCAGCGGAUGCUUCAUCAGUAGGUUUGGGAGCUACCAUCAGUCAUCGGUUUCCGGAUGGGCGUGUAAAGGUUAUCCAGCAUGCCGCGCGAGCGUUAACGAAGGUGGAAAUGAACUAUAGUCAGCCAGAUCGCGAGGGUCUCGCAAUUGUGUUCGCUGUGACGAAGUUCCACCGCAUGCUGUUCGGACGUAAAUUCACGCUACAAACUGAUCACCAACCUCUCCUCAGAAUCUUCGGCUCACGUAAAGGAAUUCCGUUGUACACUGCGAACAGGCUUCAGCGUUGGGCAUUAGCGCUUCUUCUUUACGAUUUCACUAUAGAAUACGUAGCGACAGACAAGUUUGGCAAUGCGGACAUCCUCUCGAGAUUGAUGAAUCGUCACGAAAAGCCAGAAGAGGAUUACGUUAUUGCUAGUAUCCAGCUUGAAGAUGAUAUGAAUCAUCUGGUGACGAGUGCAACUCAAGCCCUGCCGUUGAAUUUCAAGGAUUUGGAGCGUGGUACACAAACAGAUUCUAUGUUACGGAAGGUGUUCCAGUUCGUCCAGAAUGGUUGGCCGAUGGGUGAAGAGAAAAGUGUAGAGCUGAAACAAUUCUUCGUACGGCGGGAGGCCUUAUCCACUGUGGGAAAUUGCCUCUUAUUCGGAGAACGGGUUGUGAUUCCAGCAAACAUGCGAGAUCGAGUGCUGAAGCUCUUGCACAGAGGACACCCUGGGGUAACUCGUAUGAAGGCACUAGCAAGAGGAUACGUUUAUUGGCCAAAGAUGGACAGUGAAAUCGAGGACGUUGUUAAAACGUGUCAACCGUGUGCAAGUGCAGCGAAGUCUCCAGAGCACUGUGCACCGGUGGAUUGGCCAAAAUCGACCGCUCCCUGGCAGCGUAUUCAUAUUGAUUACGCCGGGCCCAUCGAGGGAGAGUAUUAUUUUCUGGCAGUAGACUCGUAUUCCAAAUGGCCAGAAAUAAUACCGACAAAGCAUACAACUGCACAAGUAACGGUUAAGAUAUUACGAGGACUGUGUGCACGGUUUGGUAUGCCAGAGACGAUUGUCAGCGACAAUGGUACGCAGUUUACCAGUUCGGAGUUCGGGGACUUCUGCAUACAGAACGGUAUCCAUCAUGUGCGAACUGCGCCGUAUCAUCCGCAAUCGAACGGGCAGGCUGAAAGGUUCGUGGACACCUUUAAGCGAGCUGUUAAAAAGAUCCGCGAAGGAAAUGGUGGAAUGCAUGAGGCCCUUGAUGAAUUUCUGUUGGCAUACAGAACCACGCCGAACAAGACGCUGGAGCAGAAAUCGCCGGGGGAGAUGAUGCUGAAUAGGAAAGUUCGAACCGCUCUCGAGCUUUUGCGACCAUCUUCUCGUAAUUUUGCUAGACAACCAGCGGUGAAUGACACUAUCGCCGGAAGGAAUUUCUGCGUAAACGACAAGGUCUACGUGAAAAGAUACCAUCGGAAUGGCUGGGAGUGGGUAUCCGGAGUAGUGACUGAUCGUCUGGGAAGCGUGAUGUACAUGAUUGACAUCUGCGGUAGGUCUCUACGAUACCACGUAAACCAGCUUAGAAUACGACAUGCAGCGGACGACCGUCAGCAAACACAGCUUCCACUGCAUGUAUUGUUGGAUGCCUGGGACAUGCCUGGAAGUAUCGAGCCGGCAUCCUCAUCUUUAGUUCCGUCGACGACUACGGAACAUGUUGAGCCUGAUAACGACAACUCUCAGCAGACCUGCUCGGAUGCAGCUCCACGUCGAUCAGCACGAUUAAAGAAGCAGCCUGUUUGGAUGAGCGAUUAUCGCAAUUAA